UAAUUGUCAUCAUUUUGCACUUCUAAAAAAAAAAAGAUCUUUUUUAUGUCUCUUUCUGUUUGUUUCUUGGGAAAUAUAAUCAUGGAGAGUCUUUGCAUUAACAUUUUUAUGCUCAUUCUUAUACAUCCAAAAGACAAUGAUACUUGGCGAUAAAAUCGUGUACUUGUUUAUUUCGUUUUCUUGGAUUCCACAUUUUUUUCUUUGUUUUCUUGGAUACCAAACAGGAGAAUGUGGAUUUAUGCGCAGGAAAUUCUACAAAUCCAAUAAGAAAGAUUGUUUCUUUGUAUUAUCCUUGAGAUUUUUCACAAUGCGAAUAUUUCUUUUUGCUCCUGAAUGACAGGAUACAUAGAUCAUAACUUCCUCGGAGUUCUACUAACAAUUACAAUUAUCUAUUGAUUCUAUUUGAAGAAGUGUAGCUUUGUGGACAUUUUUAGAGUUAAAGGGAGAAGGAUAGAGAUUGAGUAUGUUUGAUCAUCUGUAUACAAGAAGUAAAAGCAUUGCUGAUUUGGAAAUUGGUGGGUAUUCUAGUGAAGAUGAUGAGGGUUCGAGUGGCGAAAAAGCUGAUAAAAAGCUUAAUGGGUUUUGGAGGAGUGGGUCUCUGAGUUCCAUUAGAAUGACAAGUGAUGAUUCAUUGAGUUCUAGUGGGAAUGUGGAGAUAUUAGAAAGAGAGGGAGGGGAAAUGGUUAAAAAUAGUACCGAUAAUGGACUGGUGAAGGAGAAAAGGAAGAAGGGCAUGCAUAAACCACCACGACCGCCUAGAGGUCCAUUGUUGGAUGCAGCAGAUAUGAAGUGGCUUAGAGAAAUGUCUGAGCUUGGAAAGUUGAAGCAUGCUAGGUUUCAACGAAUGAAGGCAAUGAAGAAGAGAUCAGAGAGGGCAUCAUCGUCUAGCAAUACUAUUUUCCCAAUGGUCGUUACUGUUGUCUUCUUUUGUGUGCUACUUUUUCAAGGUAUUGCAGUGCUUAAUUCGGAUGCUAGAGAUAAAAUUUUAAGCCUUAAUGUGUGUCUGCUUCUUUGUCAACUCACAGGUUUCUUGGGUUUUCGUGUAUAAAAGCUUUUGGAUGUACUCUUCUUUCCAAUUGCAUUGUUAGCAUUGGUGGAUCUUCCAAGCCUGUAAUGGUAACAGCAUUGAAGGAGUCUUCAUCUUGUUUGCAAGUGAAACAAGUUGGCUUUAGCUCUAGUUAUAUUUGAAUGUCCUGGAUCUGUCCCACUGGAAAAUGUGCAAGAACAAAAUCUUAUUGGCAACUGAAAGUGGCAAAUUUUAUCUUGUACUAGUGAUGCUGGAAAGGAAUGGUUUCUCCGAGUGCAUUUAUGUGUAAAUUUUUCUGAAUACUGUUGAACUAUGUGUUGUUUGUAACUAUCUAAUUUAUGUUAACAGUUCCUUUUCAUUUUUGAAUUC